AUGAGUAAUGCUCCAAUCUCUUGGGAAUCCAAGAAACAAUCUUGUGUUGCACUUUCUAGUACUGAGUCCGAGUAUAUCGCCAUUACUGAAGCAUGUAAAGAAGCCAUAUUUAGUUGGCAACAAUGCAGUUUGUCAAACAUUCCAUAUAGACAACUCAUCGGAGGUUUGAUGUAUUUAGCAACAACUAGUAGACCUGACAUCAGUUAUGCUGUGUCAUACUUGAGCAGAUUUUUGGAUCGUGUAACUGAAGAGACCUGGACUGCAGGAAAACGAGUCUUGAGGUUUCUACAGGGAACUAAAACUCUAGGAUUGACUUAUACUAAACAUACAAAUAGUGACGUAAUACUUGAAGGAUAUUCAGAUGCUGAUUGGGCAACGGACAAGAAAAGUAGAAAAAGCGUUAGUGGAUCUAUAAUUUUAUAUGGUAAUAACCCAAUAUCAUGGUCAUCCAAGAAACAAACUUGCGUGGCUUUAUCAACAGCGGAAGCUGAAUAUGUGGCAGCAGCACAAACAGCUCAAGACCUAAUCAACGUAAAGGCCCUAUCCUGUAGGGAAUGGAAAAAGUCUAUAAUCGAUUGGUACAGGUAUCAAAAAGAUUUGUCUUUAGGAAUAAUGGCGUAA